UGUUGAUGAUAUGAAUGCUAUGCUAACUGGCUCGAGUCAAUGUUUUAUCUGAUAUACGAGAUGACUGUCAGAUUUUAACGCGUUGACACCUUUUUAUACAUAGGGUAUUAUUUGUGUUAAAAGAGCAAAAGGGCACAAUACUAAAAGAGGAACCCCAAUGCAGUCAGCUGCAGAGUCUGUGGAGAAUGCCUCCAUCCUGUCAGGUGGCUUGGCACAAGAGGGUCAUCGGCUUUGGAUUGGCAACAUUGACCCCAAAAUCACAGAGUACCAUUUAGUGAAGCUCCUGGAGAAGUUUGGCAAAGUGAAGCAGUUUGACUUUCUAUUCCACAAAUCGGGUCCUCUGGAGGGCCAGCCAAGAGGAUACUGCUUCGUCAACUUUCACACCAAAGAGGAGGCUGAGCGGGCCAUUCAGUGUCUGAAUGGAAAGUUGGCACUUUCUAAGAAGUUAGUGGUGCGCUGGGCGCAUGCUCAGAGAUUUGAACCCUUCAGAGGAGACAAGAAUCUGCCUGCCAGUUUAGAGCCAUCCAGUGAUGCAGAGGACCUGCCAACCUCACUGAGUGUUAAUGCAAAGAUUCGUGCCAUUGAAGCCAAGCUGCAGAUGAUGGAGGAGAACCCAGAUGACUUUACUGGGCCUUCAGCAUAUCUCUACAACAAGCCACCUGAGAAGAAGGACAAGAGGUCCCAGCCCUACCACAAGCAUUUCCGCAAAUUCAGGAGAUGACCUCUCCUAAAACUGGCUUGAGUGUCCCUGCACUGAACGAACUGAGGACAGAGAUGUACAGAGAUAAGUUGUUCUUAUCUCUUGGCCACUAUGGGACUGUAGGGAGGGUAACACUUUUGAUUUGUAGUGUUGUGCUGUUUCCAGGCCAAUGGAGGAGUACUGUUACCAUGAAAGACAUUAGCUGAAGAAAGCGGGAUAUAAGAACAUUCUAGUGAAAUUACUUUAUCCAUUUUUUUUUUUUUUUAAAUAUUGAUGUUAAUGAUUUCAGUUGUUCGGGAGUUGAUAUAUUGACUUUCACACCUUCCUGAAUAUUUAAUCACAUUUCUGUACACAUGUCCCUUCUUGAUAUUCUUCCAGAAUGCAGCUUUUGUUGUUUGCGUAGUUUUUUUUUUUUUAUUCAUUUGUAAACUGCCCCAUGUGGUUUCAUGCUGUGCUGCUUGUGGGAGUGUUGUAUUGUGUUGUGAGUGUUAUGAAAUUUUACUAUCCCAAAUCUACACACUAAGAAUAUUACCUGCUUUCAUUAGAAUGUUUGAGUCACAUUUAUAAAGAAAGCACAAUACUCUGCUCGGUAGAGCUGCACUGUUGCUGUACAAUUCUUUAGCUAUCAAUAUCUUACCUUUGCCUUUUUAUGUUAAAAGUGAAAAGGGCUCAUAAUGGACUGUUUGGAUCAAGUGAAAUUGUACAAGUAUUUUGAUAUGUCAUAUUCCAAAAAAUAAAUCAAAUGC